GCCAUUGUAAUCUUUCACGGAAGUACUGUCGCAUAACGACAAUUGUGUCAGUUUCAAGUUACGAGCGGCAUUGAAGGCAUCACGUCACUAUGGUAACUCAACGCGGAAACUUAAGACAGAAAAGUCGGCGUGAAGUAAAUUUAAGUUAGCGUUUGCAAAGACAGAAAUAGCACUAACCUACACAGCGUCAGCUUAUUCAAUAAUAAACGCAGGCUGAAGCAUGAUGGACAAUCGUGAAGAGUGGGAGAGCUUUUUGAAGAAUGUUGACAACAUAAGUGAGAUAGUGAAGGAUCUGAAGUCUUCUGAUGUGGAAGUCCAGCAAAAAGCAAUGGAGAAAGCUGAUUGCUACCUCGCUGCCUUGGAUGAACCCUCCAGGACUAAAGUCAACAAGACUACAAUCAACACAAACCCACCACUCCAGCCUUCCUUGAGACCGCAGAAUGAAAGUCCAGAGAAUUUCAUGAAGAUUAUGGAACGAGAUGCUGAAGGCAGGAGAGUAAGAAGGAUUGCACAGGAGAAAAAGGCAACUGCACUCAAAGACAAGGGGAAUGAAGCUUAUGCCCAAGAAGACUAUGAAACUGCUGUGAAGUACUACAGUGAUGGCUUGGCUGAACUACGAGACAUGCAACCAUUGUACACCAACCGAGCACAAGCUUACAUGAAGCUGGGAAAGUACAAGGAAGCCAUCAGUGACUGUGAAUGGGCUCUGAAGUGUAAUGAGAGGUGCAUAAAGGCUUACCUACACAUGGGGAAAGCAUAUCUGGCACUGAAGAAAUAUAAUGAGUCCAGAAAAUGCUUUGAAAAGAUAGUGGAAAUUGAACCUGGGAGAGAGAAGAUGAUGAAAGGAUACCUGACCCAGGUAGAUUUGGAAGAGGAGAAAGAAAGUCAGGAAGUGAAUGCGAUGCAAGAGUUUGACAAGGGAGAUGGGAAGGCCACAACAGUGCCCCAGCUGCUGGAGAAGCUGUCAAGACCCAGCCAGAUGUCCUUCUAUUACUGUGGAGGAUUUGAGAUUCUGUCACAAGCAGUUACUGACUGUACAGGCCAGACCCUUUUCAGGCUGAACAAUGGCUUUAGUAUCGUCAGCAGCAAUGACAUGGUGAGGAGUUGCCUCUUGCAGAAAACAAUGGAUCCAGACAGCCUGGAGUUGUGUGUGUCUGUUCUGAAAUUAUGGAGGGUUAUUUGUUGUGGAAAUGAUGAAAACCAAAAGAUGUUGAUGACAUGCCCAAUCAGCAGGCAGUCCAUCGUUCACUUGGUAACAUCAGAGCAUGUUGCAGUACAGAAAGAAUGCCUGGCAUUACUAUGUUUGUACUCACAGACGCCACAUGGCAGAUGUUUGGCCACUGACAACUUGAAUGUGCACAUGUUAGUGAGGAACCUCAUGGCGUGCCUCACAAAUCCGCAGCAGCAGCAGGAGUACACAGCGGUCAACAUUCUGGAGAAGUUUGCAGCCGAAAACAAGUUUUGUAUUCAGUUAAGGAAUGUGUUGACAGACUCUGUCAUUGCACCAUUUACAACAAUACUGAGCAAUAUCAGCAAGUCCAAUCAGCAGGUCCUUCCAUCAUUGAUAUUUGCUGUUGGCUGUCUGGCUCAAGAUGACGUCAUCCGUCACAGUUUUGCUCAUGAUUCUGAAUGUUGGAAGACCUUUGUGGUUGCCAUUAAGCAGUGCUGUGCAUGUGAAUACAGAGAGGUCCUUUACCCAAUGCUUGGUUUGAUCAUGAACCUUUCAACUGUCACCUCUCCUGUUAUUCAGGAGCAUGCUGUUUCACUCUGUGACUGCUGUCGGGGCCUGCUGAGGGAUAGUGAUGGAGGAGUCAUAACUAGAGCCACAGGCGUACUGAGCACUGUCCUCCCUCAGUCAUCUGAGGCCGUUCAGCAUGUUGUUCAGGGGGAUGUGGUCCGGACCAUGCGGCGGAUACUGAAGGGAACAGGGCAUACUGCCACUAAGUACGCCAUUAAGACUCUGACAGUGUGCACUGCUGCCAGUCAAAUGGCGCGGGAGGAGCUGCUGAAGUCUGAUAAAAAACUGUCUAUUUUACUUCAUUUGCUGGAUUCCAGCUGUGAUGAGAUGGUGUCAGGAAAUGCCGCCCUGUGCUUGGCCCACUGCCUUGAGUUAGAGGGAAUUGCCAGCAACCUGCUGGGCACGGAUAUCGUGCUGCUGCUACUGCGCCACGCUGCAGGGGACGCUAAGAGGACAGCUGUGCAGCAAAAUGCAGCAAUUGCUCUUGGGAAGCUGUGUCGAUCUGAGCCCAGACACAUGAACAAACUUCGAGAACUACACGGCCUUGAGAUCCUGCACUCCUGUAUGAAGCUCAUCACAUGAACCUGUGACACUAACAUGUUUUAUAAUCUCCUUGCUUUUCAACUGUCUUUUUGUUUCUUCUCUAAUCUCUGAUUUAGACACUUCCCCAACUACUGGGGGUCAACCAAUCCUCAUAUCUUUUUUCUGUUUUUUUUUUUUUUAAACUCAUCAUUAGUUACUAUUCCAAUUGAUUUCAAUCAUUUAUGCUAAAUUAUAGGGAUUUUUUUUUUUUUUUUACGAAAGCUAAGGCUGUCUUGAGAAUAAUCAAAGAUUAAUUUUACUUGGAUAUGGUUCUGCUCUUAAUUGCCAAAUCUACAUAAACAAGGUCAUACAUAUUAGCAAAGGCUACCCUUGUCUUUCAUGCCCAUAUGAAUUUAUAUGGUUAAUGGUUAUGGUUAACCACUAAUAAAUAUGCCUGGAUGGAGGUGCAAGUGCAGUCAGUUUUACCAUCUUUAUGUGUCUAUUAUUAGAUAACAUAAAACAAAUUAUUUGUCCUGAAUACUUGAAUACACACCUAGUUUGAAGAGUUCACUUGUACAGUGGUACAAACUGUUGAAUGGAUUGAACUGUUGGAUUCAGGCCUGAUAUUGAUCAGGCAGCAUUAACAUACUGAUGGUAUUUGAAGUGAGACACUGAUUAGAGCAAUGGUAGACUUUGCAUAGAGACAUAAACCUGAGACUCAUUCAUCUUGAAGGUGUUUCUCUUAUUUACCAUGAAGUAUACAGCUGGCUUAGCAGCCAGUAUCACUGGCAAUCUUGUCAGCCAUACUCAGCCAUACUCUUGUGACCAUAAUCUCAAGUUUAAAUAAAGUGUGAAAGUGUUGUUUUCCUCUGUGCCGGCCUUUGGUAUUUCUCUUAUCUUUUGGUUCUUUAGAUCUGUAGU